AUGCGAAUGACAACGCUGAGCCGCGCAGUUACAUUGGGACUGCACGUUUACGGCAUUUGGCCUUACGUACCAUCUACCAUAUUGUUUCGAUUCUACUGGAUUGUGAUGCUCAGCACCGCUCAGGUUUUUCAGUACGGAUACGUGAUAGUGAACAUUCAUUCGGACGACUUUUCGCAAUUUAUGGACGGAGUGAGUAGCGCAAUGGCGUCUUCUCUGCUUUACAUCAAACUUGUUAUUUUGUGGCUCAAUCAACGAAGAUUUGUCGAUCUCUUGCAAAUAAUGACCACGGAUUGGCAAGACUACAACUCGAAUCACCAUAGUUCACGCGUGUUGACAAAUACAGCGAAUCUUGCACGCCGCACUUCGAGGUGGAUCAUCGGCAUGCAAGUGGCUUCUGUAACUUUUUACAGUGCCGGUGUUCUCGCCGCUAACGUAGGUAAUCCUGAGAGGAUAGAACCGAACACGCGAGAACUUAUUCUCAAAAUGGCGUUUCCUUUUAACAUUAGUACGGAGUCUAUUUACUUGACGGUUCAGUCGGUUCAAUUUUAUCAUCUGCUGUUGGUGGGCUGUGGCAUUACAAUCGUAAAUUCAUUGCUAGUCACUUUGAUACUUCACGUCGGUGGUCAAAUCGACAUUCUUUGUGAAUGGUUGACAAACGCUUUCUCCAGAAAUGUACGUUCAUCAGAAGAGAUCACAAUGCGAUCAAUAAUCACAAAGCAUCGGCAGAUUAUUUUAUUUGCAGAAAAUAUUGACAAUCUCUACACGUACAUUGCGCUAAUGAUGCUUUUAUCAGACACGCUCAUCAUAUGUUGUUUAGGAUUUAUUAUCGUUACCUCUCUUGAUGCGCCUGAUGCUGCUGCUAUUUUAGUCAAGUCUGUGUUAUUUUACAUCACGAUGAAUCUCGAAGCUUUUAUAUAUUGUUUUGCUGGUGAAUAUUUGACUGCCAAGAGUAAGAUGAUCGGACAUGCAGCGUAUGAUUCUGUUUGGUAUAACUGUCCGAUUACGGAGAGCCGAAUUAUAUUGUUUAUUAUUCUAAGAUCACAGAAAACAUUGACGAUCACGAGCGGACGGAUCAUGGAUUUGUCGUUGGAACGUUUUACUAGUGUUAUAAAAGCAUCCGCAUCGUACAUAUCAGUACUAUUAGCCAUGUACUGAAACCCGACUAUAAAAAUAGUAGAAAA